UAUGGAUAUGAAUAUGGAGCUGGAACAGCCUAGCAUCUCUGACAGUUGGCCGUGGAGUGGCCUAGAAGAUAUGAGCUUCGACAGUGUCCAGUGGUCCCUGCCAGAAACUGGCACACCUCUCAAAGUCAUCAUUCUACUGCUAUCCUUCUACAUACUCUACUAUUUGAGCUGUGUGGUCAACAAACCCAAACUCGUGGGUGGUGAGAAAGGACUACAGCAGUACCUCAUUAAGCACUGUCCAGUCCUUACUGAGCGAUACUGGCCAAAGAUAUGGGCCUUCCAAUGCCACUUCAUGACAAUCCUAAGAGCCGCCUUCCAGAAAUGUCCAAACAGUGUUGUCAAAUACAAUAGAGAGAUAUUGCCCCUGGAUGACGGUGGAGAGGUGGCACUGGACUGGGCCUGUCAACAAGGUAGUGUCAAUCUGCUGAAUUCAAGUGAGACAACACCAGUUCUACUAAUACUCCCUGGGAUAACAGGUAAAAGCCAGGACAACUAUCUUAUGCACCUGUCUCAAGAUGGGAUACUCACAGGCUACAGACCAGUGGUGUUCAACCAGAGGGGAAAUGGAGGACUGUUUCUAAAGGGAAAGACUAUGAGGACAUACUCUGCCUCAGACAUCAGUGAUUUGUCGGAGGUGGUGCACAGAAUACAAUGCCUCUAUCCUGAAGCCCCAAUCGUUGGACUAGGUGUCUCUUUAGGAGGGAUGAUUCUAACUCAGUACUUGCACAAGCUUGGCAACAAAUGUAACCUGAAUGCGGCCAUUGCCAUCUCCAUGGUGUGGGAUCCCUUCAAAACCAGAGAGAGUCUGGAGAACAGAAUAGAAAACAGAAACAUUUACGUACGAUUUAUGAGCACUAACUUACGCUCCAUGGUCAGAAGGAAUGUUGAGAGACUGUCGUCAGAGGAAAAAGAGAAUCUACCUUUCUGUUACGAAACAGUAAUGACAACUAAGACUAUCACUGAAUUUGAUGAGCAUGUGACUGCUCCUAUGUUCGGCUUCUCGAGUGUUGAUGAGUACUACAAAGAGAGUAGAAACUCGGACAAGAUUCACAAAAUUUGCCGUCCUUACAUUUGCAUCACAUCUGCAGAUGACCCCUUCGUACCUAAAGAAUCCAUUCCUGAGACUGGGUUCAUAGCCAAUCCCAACACUCUGCUGGUCAUGACCUCACAUGGUGGCCAUUUUGGAUUCCUGGAGGGAUUGAGUCCCACUAUAAAUAGCACUUGGAUGAAUCGAAUCUGUCGUCAGCUUUUAACAGCCCUCAAGAACUAUGAUUGAACUAACUCUUAGCCCGACAGAUGUAGCCAAUUUUUAACACAAAACGUUAACAUACAGAUUGGUCUAUACUAACUAUGCACUAAAAGAUGUAUAAUAUUUAUUUACGGUUUAAUACAAAAACCUUUUAUUUUGAUAAAAAUAUCAUUCAGUGCAAAA